AUGCCUGUUGAUCUAAUCGCCUCUCGCCUUCUCUCUGGUAUUUCCCUGCUCGGAUUCCCAUCAUUUUCCAAAGGAUUACUUGAUCCUCCGAUUGAAUCACCCAAGAAGAACCCACAAGAUCCAUCAAACCCCAAAGUGAAACUCUCCAAGCAAUGGAUGAAACUCUAUGGAUUGAAGGAGUUAGCCUUGGGUGUGGGUUGUAUUGGAUCAUUUACAUUCUAUUCAACGCCUAUUCAUAUUAAAUUCCUUCUCCAGAUUGGAGUACUUUUAGAUGGAGCUGAAUUGUGUUAUGAAUUGAUGUAUUUGUAUUAUUGGAGAGGAGUAAUAAGUAGGAGGGUGAUGAUUUGGUGGAGUGGAAAGGCUUUGUACUCAUUGACGAGUGGCAUGUUUUGGUCUGGAAUAUUGGCCUUGGCUAGUUUGUUUAAAAAGGAUCAACCAAAGGCUUAUCUCAUGUUGGAUGAGAUUAUGUUUCCUUCUUAUAUUGCUUUUUGGAUGAUGUUUUCAUUUGUGGGAAAUAUAAUUAAUGGAAAUAAGAGAGAAGCAAUGAAAUAA